CUCCCAUCACCUCGCAAAGUUCGGAGCCGGCGGAGCGCCUUCGCUUCUCCCUCCCGCGGGGGGCUGAGGCGGGGAGGCGGCGGCUCGGCGGCUCCAUGCCCCGGCGCCAUGGGGAACGGCAGCGCCGGGGCCGCCCCGUGCAACGGCACCGCUCCGCCGCCGCCUCCUCCUCCUCCUCCAGCCGGCCACAACAUCGCCGCCCUGGUGCUGGGCAUCGUCCUCAUCCUGCUCAUCGUCGGGGGCAACGGGCUGGUGUGCCUCAGCGUGUGCACGGAGCGGGCGCUCAAGACCACCACCAACUAUUUCAUCGUCAGCCUCGCCGUCGCCGACCUUCUGCUCGCCCUCCUCGUCCUGCCCCUCUACGUCUACUCCGAGUUUCAGGGUGGCGUGUGGUCCCUCAGCACUGUGCUCUGCGAUGCCCUGAUGACCAUGGAUGUGAUGCUGUGCACGGCUUCCAUCUUCAACCUCUGUGCUAUCAGUGUGGAUCGGUUUAUCGCUGUUUCAGUCCCGCUGAACUACAACCGGCGACAGAUCGACCUGCGGCAGCUGAUCCUCAUCUCCACCACGUGGAUAUUCGCCUUUGCUGUGGCAUCCCCAGUCAUAUUUGGCCUCAACAACGUCCCAAACCGGGACCCCAGCUUGUGCCAGCUGGAGGAUGACAACUACAUCGUGUACUCCUCCAUCUGCUCCUUCUUCAUCCCUUGCCCCGUCAUGCUGGUGCUCUACUGCGCCAUGUUCCAAGGACUCAAGCGCUGGGAAGAAGCCAGGAAGGCCAAGCUAAGGGGUGGCAUCUACGGGGGCAACAGAAUGCUCUAUCACCCCUCACCCUUCAUUGAGAGAGAGCGGGUCGGCAUGGAACCGGAGGAGUACCACCCUUAUGCCCACCCUGAGCACCCCCUUUCUGGGGACUAUGUGAUGAGCAAUGGGCUCCAGACUGUCUCCUACCCACACCUCAAGUACCCACACCCGGCACACGGUCAGAAGCGAGCCAAGAUCAACGGCCGGGAACGGAAGGCCAUGCGGGUACUGCCGGUGGUUGUUGGUGCUUUCCUCUUCUGCUGGACACCAUUUUUUGUGGUCCACAUUACAAGGGCUCUCUGCAAGUCCUGCACCAUUCCCACUCAAGUCACCAGCAUCGUCACCUGGCUGGGUUACGUCAACAGCGCUGUCAACCCCAUCAUUUACACUGUUUUCAACGCCGAGUUCAGGAACUUCUUCCGCAAAGUCUUGCACCUCUUCUGCUGAGCUCACUGGAACUGGAGGGAAUGACCAGGAUAACUUUUUGUAUAGUUCAUUAAAGAUCUAUUUCUGCCUAA